AUGACGACGGCAGACUUCGAGGCGCAGGCGCAGCGUCCCCGCAAAAAGGUCGACGCGGAGAAGGCGCGGAUGCGGAACAAGGCGUACUACGCUGCGAACAAGGAGAAGAUUGCGGCCAAGAAGAAGGCGUACCGCGCUGCGAACACGGAGGCCAUUGCAGCCAAUAGGAAGGCUCUAUACGAGAAGAACCGUGAGCGCGAGCGAGAACAGUCGAAGGAAUACCGCCAAGGACACAAGAAAGCCACCCAGGCCAGCUCCAAGUCGUGGCACGCGGCGAAUCGGGCAUACAAAAACGCGCGUGACCAAGCUCAUCGGGCGCGAAAGAAGGCGCUGGCGGCAGGGGAAACGCCACCGCCAAUGCCCAAGCUCGUCGACUUUCGAACGCGGGCCUCUGGCAGCGUUGGCACCAAGCCGUCGAUGGGUGUGGCCACGCUCGAAUCCGACCUCUCCGAUGAAGACGAUCACGUCCCUCACCCCUUGGCGGUGGCCAGCAAGCCCAUUGUCAUGGUCAGCUUCACGGACGAGAACCCGUUCAACAUGCGCAAGCGUGGGCCUGAGCCGUGUUGCGACGAGUGUGCGCUUUUCCAGCCCAAUGCGCUCACGUCGGCCACCAACACAGUGCUCUUGGCGGGCACGUACCAGUGUACGUUUUGCCGCGACUGGACCUACUACCGUCUCCACCGCAAGCACAAGCGCACCCGCGCCGACGCGCGCCUCGACGCUCUCACGGCUUGA